AUGGUUUGUCCACUGAUAUGUGAAACUCUGGUUCAGAAGUGUAUAAAAUAUCUUCAACAUAAUCCGUACGCUUAUUUUUUUCGGAAUUUGAAGAAUAUUGGAGACUUAGAUACUUAUAAGAUUGUUCUUAAAACUGUUGUUGUUCAAGACCAAAGAGUCUAUAAUAAACCUGAUGUAUCACAGGUUGCUGCAAUUUGGGUGGACGGUGAAGAUAAUGGGGAGUGUGGUCCAAGAGAUAUCCGAGUUACAACCCAUGAAUCUGACUCUAGAAAUAUAAAGUAUUUUUAUGGUUGUUAUGAUCCUCUACAAUAUCCUUUAAUGUUUCCUUUUGGAGAACUAGGCUGGCAUCAAGGUAUUCUAAAAAAAAAUAAAACAGCCCAAGUUAGAAAGCAGGGUUUGUGUUCAGCUGCAGAAAAACUUAUUGCUCCGAGUAGUAUAGCGUGUGCGGAUGACUUAUUAAAGAUGGAAGAAACUGUGCUUGGAAGAAACGUAGAUAACCCCAAGGUUGUAUCUGUUAGAGAGUAUUACGCUUAUAAGCUUCAGAUAAGGCAUGAUGACACAACUUAUUUACUCUAUUUUGGUAGAUUACUACAGCAGUAUAUAGUUGACAACUAUGUUAAAUUAGAAACACAAAGACUAGAUUUUUUUAGAAUACAAUAG